AUGUUCAAUGUUCAUAAAAACCUACAGAACUCAAUAAUAUCAAUAAUCCGACCAUUGGCCACUACCGCUAACAAGCUCAAUUCCUUGCAACCAUACAAAAAUGAACCUGUUAAAUUAAUAGCAAUACCUAUAACUAAAAAUAAAACAUACAUCUAUUUUAAACAUCUAGAUCACUUCAUAAAUAGGAGAUCAAAACUGAUUCAAUUAGAACAAAAUGUUGUAGCAAAAUGUAGUACGUUAUGGGAAAAGAUGAAGAAAUCGCCCAAAAGAAUUAAUACUAAGAUUGUAACAUUUAUAAACCAAUACAUGAAUCAAAUCCCAUGGCAAGAAGAGAGUUUAAGAAGUAUCCCUGGUGAACAUUAUAUCAUGAAAAGGAUAAAAGUAGGAAAAUCGGGUGAAUUAAAGGCAAGACCAAUAAUAAAAAUGGUAACUACGAGACAGUAUAAGAAGGCAAACCCACUACCAGAAGCGAUUCCAAUAGCGGUGUAUUAUCCCACAAAGAUUAUUGAGAAGUCUAGGUUAAUUUUGCAAUUGAAUGAAUUAUCCAAAUGGGGUCUUAGAUAUCAUUUAAAGGAAAUUUAUAAAUGUUUGAUAUUAUUACCGUUGACCAUACCAUUAGCAUUGAUUCCAAUUGUCCCUAACAUUCCUGGCUUUUAUUUACUAUAUAGAAUAUAUUGUAAUAUAAAAGCUUACUUGGGAGCAAAACAUUUGCAACAGAUUUUGAAAGAUGAUUUGUUAGACUUUCGAGAGUUGCAAGACUAUAAUAUGAUAUUCUCUGUUUCUCCUACUUUAACAGAAACUAAGAUAAAUCAAAUUACAAGACUGCUUGAGGUAGAUGAAAUUAAUUCACAUUUAAAAAAAUCAUUACUACAGGAGGAAAAAACUUUCGAUGGAGAUUAG